GUAUAUGAAAAUAUCGUACGUUUAUACCCUGCGCAACGAUGCAAUCGCUGCGGACGCCAGCACAACCCCGCAACGCCCAAUGGUCGAUUCCACAGCGACAGGGCCUUCCACUGGGCCUCUGGUCGCGUACACAUGCUCGUGGUAGCACGCGUACAUGCAGCACUGCCUCCGGCGCGGCACCAGUGCCCGACCAGCCACAGCCAACGCCCACGCCCUCUCCCUCUCCCACACCUUCAGCCUCCGCCAACCCGGCCGCGGCGAAUGCGGGCGGCACCGUGGCAGCCGCCGCACCCAAGGGCAUUCUGGGACGCAUCAAAUACUUCUUCCUAGGCGACAAGCUUGACAAGGACAAGCUGGCACAGCUCGGCAUGGGCGCGUUUGCGUCUUACGGUUUUAUCAGCAAUGUGACGUACGGCAUUUGCCUCGGUAUCGCCUGGAUCUCGUUUGUGAAGGCUACCGGUCAGUCGCCACUAUGGGCGGGCCAGUGGCCGGCCUUCCUGGCCUUCUACGCGGGGCUUUGGACGUUUCAGAACUUCGUGCGGCCGCUGCGUUUCAGCCUGGCCAUCGCACUGGCGCCAGUCUUCGAGCGGAUGAUUCUGUGGAUCUCUUCGAAGACAGGCCUGGAGAAGAAGUGGGCGUUUGGGCUGUACCUGUUCUGCUUCGCCAUCACCACAUGCGUGGUGCUUUUUGGCAGCCUGUACCUCCUUGGCGGCUUCCCACCUGCGCCGGCCGCGGCAUAAGCGCUUCAAGCGCGCUCUGCGGUAAGGUGUGUCAAAUGGCGGGAUAUGGAAGAACCGUGGCGCAGGGGAGCGCGGCAGUGCACCAGGUUUGUGCACCUAGUCUUGUUGCAUGAUUUGGGGGGGGGAUGCAUAUAGUUUUCUUUGACUUAGUGCAGCACGGCGGUGCCCAAGCCCUGCAGUGAGGUCAGGAAGUUCUUGCGGAGGGGAAGAGCAAUGUCAGGGGCUGCCCCUGAGUUCUGUGGGCUGAUUUGAAGAUGUGUUGACGAUGACGCAUUGCGUGUUUAGGCAGUGAGGCUUUGGCGAGACGCGGCGUUGAUUGAGUGUUGGACAUGUGUGCCCAAGUCUUGUGGCUGGACAUGCCUAGGAAAUGAUUUAGGUGGGUCGGGUGUACCCAUGUGGUGCACCCAUGCACCAAGUAUCUGUAUGUACCGUAGUGCAGCAGAAUGCGAGGGCGUUCACGAGUAGAAGUGAGUUGCUGGCGUUGUCGUCGACGGAGUUACUGAACGUGGGCGUACAGCGGGUGGGAUGAGAGCAUGAGUGCGUGCUGCGGCAGCAGCGUACUAUAUGUGGCGGCCAUCGGUAUCGCUAAAGACCCGGCCCGAGGCAGAGCGAGUUGGGCUGUUGGCUGUGUGCGGGCUGAAAUGCUGUUGCGCGCUCCUCGUUCUCGGCCAGGCCACAGACAACACACAAUGCCACGCGGGAGUGCUAGGAGAUUCAGGACAGCGCGCACCUGCCGGGCACACCGGCGUCCACCGUGAGUCGCUGCAAGAAAGGUUCUCAGUAACGCGACAGAGU